AUGCUUAGUCAAUUUUCAUUAAUUUUUAUUCGUCUACUUGUCUUCAUUCUCUACUACUGCUUUCUUUCUCCCCUCCUCUUUCUUUUUUCUGUCUUUUUCCUUUUCUUUCUUUACAUUAAUCGAUUAUUAUUAUUCAUACUUUCUCUUUUAGCCACACAUUUAUUUAUUUCUCUGUUCCUUAUUUCUUUCUUUCUUUCUUUCUUUCUUUCUUUCUUUCUUUCUUUCAUUUCUUUCUUUCUUUUUUUCAUUCUUUCUUUCUUCCUUUUCUUUCUUUCUUUCAUCCUUUCUUUCAUUCUUUCAUUCUUUCUCUUUUCAUUUUUUCUUUCUUUCUCUUUUCCUUUCUUUAUUUCUUUCUUUUUUCAUUUCUUUCUUUCUUUCAUUCUUUGUUUCUUUGUUUCUUUCAUGCUUUCUUUCUUUCAUCCUUUCUUCUUUUCUUUCUUUCUCUGUUUCUUCCCUACUUUCUUUCAUUCAUUCUUUUUUCAUUCUUUCAUUUUUUUUCAUUUCUUUCAUUCUUUUCUUUCUUUCUUUCUUCAUUUCUUUCAUUCUUUCAUUCUUUCUCUUUUCAUUUCUUUCUUUCUUUCUUUUUUCAUUUCUUUCUUCCUUUCUUUCUUUCUUUUUUUCAUUCUUUGUUUCUUUCUUUCAUUCUUUCUUUCUUUCAUUCUUUCUUUCUUUCAUACUUUCUUUCUUUCAUUUCUUUCUUUCAUUUUUUUCAUUCUUUCUUACUUUCUUACUUUCUUUCUUUCAUUCUUUCUUUCUUUCUAUUAG